AUGGACCAGACCAUACCAGACGAAUCCUGCGGUGAAAAAGAUUCGUGGGUUGUUGAAGUUGAAAAAAGCUUAGACGACGAAACCAGACCAGACGAAUCCCCCGAUGGUCUGAUUCAUAAGGUUCCAGAGUCUCUGUUGAGGGAAGACACUAAGGUGUUCUAUCUUCCUCAAGUCAUUUCCUUGGGUCCUUACCAUUUCCAAAAAAAGGAGAAGCUUGAUGAUGAGAUGGGGUUGCUUAAGUCAGAAGUGGCAAGAAAUGUGCACCGUCAAAUCAGAGGUGACUUAAAAUCAUCAGAAAAGGUGCAGAACCCUAGUGGCUUAAGGUCGUUGAUGGAAACUUUCAAGGUUCAUGAGGAAGAGAUAAAGAAAAGAUAUGCUGCAAAAUUUGAAGUUGCCGGUGAAAAGUGUGCGUGGAUGAUAACGAGGGAUGCCUGUCUUGUUCUACAAGUCCUUGAAAGGUUCCGAAAAGAUGAAGAUGAAGAUGAAGAUGAAGAUGCAGAGGAUAGCGGCUCGGCUUCCAUCGAUCGUAUUCUUAGCAGGGAACGACAUCAUCCUUUGUUGACAGAAAUUGUGAAAGAUAUGGUCAUGAUGGAAAAUCAACUACCGUUCUGGACUUUGAAAGAAAUCAGGCCCGAUAUUGAGGACUGGUUUGAGUCGGCACUGAAAAAUUUAUCCCCCAUUGAAGUAGCAAAGGAGUCAAAUUGUCUGGAGUACAACAGAGAUUCUCAUAUCUUGCAAUUGCUUCAUGACUAUAUUGUCGACAACCAACGAAUCCACCAAAGCUCUCCCCCUGGCCACCAUUCAGGUUCUACUUUUAUUGUAAUUCGUUUUUUGUCUUUUGCAUUCGAAUCUCUCGAUGUCUGGUGUUCAGUGUUUCGUUGUGAUUUGGAUGAGGAUUAUCCACUUCUACUCUGGCGGUGCAUAAAAUGGCUAUUUAUUGUAUUAGUAUAUGGGAUAAUCCUACUAGUGUUGUCCCCAGUUAUUCUCAUCAUGUUCAUCAUAUUUGCCAUUGAGGCAAACAGAUACCUUAGAUGGAAGAUACGGAAACAUGUUCCAACUGUAGAGGAACUAAGAAGAGUAGGAGUGAAAUUCAAGAAAUUGGAAGGUUUAAAAAAAGGAAUAAGUCACAUUAAUUUCAAGGAAAGAAAUUCCACACUUUAUUUGCCUCAAUUUAAAGUAGAUAACAGAACGGAAGUGAUACUCAGAAAUCUGAUUGCCUUGGAAAUCUGCUCCCAAAGAAAGGAAAAACCCAUUACAAGGUACGUCAUUCUAAUGAAUGAUCUUAUCAACACCAGUGAAGACGUGGGUAUCUUGAGACGAGAGGACAUCAUCACCAGCAAGCUUGGAAGUGACGAGGAGAUUGCUAAACUUUGGAAUUCUAUGGUGACAUCCACAGGAGUGCCUAGCUACAAGCCUAUCGACGACGCUGUUUCAUCCAUAGAUCGUUAUCGCAAAAAGUGGUGGAAAGUCCUGUGGGCUCAGUUUAUUAUGAUUCACUGUUCAAAGCCAUGGUUGUUUCUCUCUCUCUUGGCCGGACUUUUACUUUUACUGCUAACAAUUGUGCAAGUAGUUUGCCUAUUUGCAUCGUGCCAAAUCAGAUAG